UCCACUCAGACUCGGGGACUCCUGUUCUGCCUGCCACAAGAAGAGGCGGCGACGUCUCCGCACUUCCCUCCCUCCCUCCCUCCUCCCCGCCGUCGCCGCCGCCGCCGCCCAACCGCCCCAAGUCAGGCAGCUCACUGGCUUGAGAGGGUCCUUGGGGGAGAGCAAGUAUGAGUGGCCAGAGGCAAUGCUCGUCGCAGCCGCAGUUUAUGACUAGCGUCGGGCAGAACAAUACCUCGAAUGGACCGGGGACCCCUCUUAUUGACAGCAUAGAUGUUGAUCAGAUUGUUAUCCCUGAGAAAAAUAGCUGGAAGAACUUAUUUUCAUACAUAGGGCCCGGUUUUCUCGUCUCUAUCGCCUAUAUCGAUCCUGGCAAUUUUGAGACGGACCUACAGGCUGGAGCACAGUACAAAUACGAGCUUCUUUGGAUCAUACUUAUUGCAUCAUGUGCUGCACUUGUAAUUCAAUCGCUUGCAGCCAGCCUAGGUGUUGUGACUGGGAAGCAUCUUGCUGAGCACUGCAGGGCUGAAUAUCCCAAGGUCACAAAUUUCAUCUUAUGGAUUCUUGCAGAACUGGCUGUAGUUGCGUGCGACAUUCCUGAAGUAAUUGGAACUGCUUUUGCUUUGAACAUGCUCUUCAAAAUUCCAAUAUGGUGCGGUGUUCUCAUAACUGGGCUCAGCACUCUGAUGCUCCUGUUCCUGCAACAGUACGGGAUCCGUAAACUGGAAUUUCUGAUAGCAUUUCUGGUAUUCUUGAUAGCAACUUGCUUCUUAGUUGAACUUGGGUAUUCUAAACCAAACUCUUCAGAAGUUGUGCGAGGCCUUUUUGUUCCUGAAAUUAAAGGAGAUGGAGCUACAGGUCUUGCUAUCUCACUACUUGGUGCUAUGGUGAUGCCGCACAAUCUUUUUCUUCACUCAGCAUUGGUACUAUCAAGAAAAGUACCACGAUCAGUGCAUGGGAUCAAAGAGGCCUGUAGAUUCUAUAUGAUUGAAAGUGCAUUUGCCCUCACAGUAGCCUUUCUGAUCAACAUAUCUAUCAUAUCUGUCAGUGGUGCAGUUUGCAGUGCAGAUAAUUUGAACCCUGAAGACCGGAUGAAUUGCAAUGAUCUAGAUCUUAACAAAGCUUCAUUCUUGUUAAAGAAUGUCCUCGGAAAUUGGAGCUCAAAGGUGUUCGCUAUUGCCUUGUUGGCAUCUGGUCAGAGUUCUACAAUUACAGGAACUUAUGCAGGACAAUAUGUCAUGCAGGGGUUUCUGGAUCUCCGGAUGACGCCCUGGUUACGGAACCUUCUAACUAGGUCCCUGGCAAUUGUGCCUAGUCUUAUUGUGUCACUAGUUGGCGGUUCCUCGGCAGCUGGGCAGUUGAUUAUCACUGCUUCGAUGAUACUGUCAUUCGAACUUCCUUUUGCUCUAGUACCACUCCUUAAAUUCACCAGUAGCAAAACAAAGAUGGGGCAGCACACAAAUUCAAGAUUUAUUACCGUGCUAACAUGGGCGAUCGGCUCCUUCAUCAUGGUCAUCAACAUCUACUUCCUGAUAACAAGCUUCGUCAAGCUGCUCCUUCACAACGGGCUAUCCACCGUCUCCCAAGUAUUCGCGGGGAUAUUUGGGUUCCUCGGCAUGCUCAUAUACAUCGCCGCAAUUCUCUACCUCGUCUUCAGGAAGAACAGGAAGUGUACCUUGCCGUUGCUCGAGAGCGAUGCGAAGCUUGGGGCCGCCGCAGGCCACGCCGAGGGAGAAGGUUCUCUUGGCCAUCUUCCCCGGGAGGAUAUCUCCAGCAUGCAGCUUCCUCAUCAGCGCCAUGCGUCUGAUUUGGACUAGAUGUAUAGUUGCUGCAAUGAGGAAACUAGAUGUCUCCGAUCAUGGUGAUAAUUAGUAGCUGCAUAACUGAAGAGCUAGGUGUCAUCAGGAAUUGGCGUAGAUAAUCGAAGAGAUUUUAUAGUCCCUGAAUUAAAAUCCUUCUUGCGGAAAGGGAUAGUUAGCAUAGUUUGCCAAUAAUUUUUGACGGUACUAUACAUUGUAGACAAGUGGAUUUUUAUUAUCUAUAAUCAAGAAAAGGAAUGAAUUUCAUCACGCUUUA